AUCACGCCUUGGACAAUUCCGCUGUUGUCUCUGUCUCUCUCCUUUGACGCGCAAUUCCCACGGCAUCCCGUUUUUCUAAUGCCCCCAAAACCCAGCUCAAGAUAGAGUCUCUCUCCCCUUUCCUUCCCCCAUUCGCUGCUUUCACUUUCCCAACGAACGGCGAUCGUUUCUGGCGCCAAGAUCGAGGAUACCCACCAAGAAAGAUCGCUGCCCGGGUGGGAAAAACCGGAGCUUGAGAUGUCUGGAUCGUGCUACGGGCACCUGGAGCGGUGCUUCGGCUGGGGCGGCGGCGACAAGCUCGCGUGGCACGUCGAUCUGAAGCCGCACGCUUGUGGGGAUUACUCGAUCGCCGCCGUGCAGGCGAAUUCAUCGCUGGAGGAUCAAGCUCAGGUCUGGACGGCCUCGUCGACGACGUACGUCGGGGUCUACGACGGCCACGGCGGGCCCGAGGCGUCCCGCUUCAUCGCUCGCUCUCUGUUUCCCUUCCUUCAUAAGUGUGCGUCGGAGCAUGGUGGAGUAUCCUCUGAAAUCAUCAAAAAGGCAUUUGAUACUAUAGAAGAAGAGUUCUUGCACUUUGUGAGGCAAUCUUGGCCCGUCCGGCCGGAGAUCGCGUCCAUGGGUUCAUGUUGUCUUGUUGGAGUGAUUUCGAGCAAUACUCUCUAUGUGGCGAAUCUUGGUGACUCGAGGGCAGUGCUCGGCCGAAGAGUAUCGGAGAAAAAUGUAAGUGGCGCGGUGGUGGCGGAGAGAUUGUCCACUGAUCAUAAUGUUUGUGCUGAGGAGAUUAGGAAGGAGGUGGAGGCCCUCCAUCCGGACGAUUCAGGUAUUGUUGUGAAUACUCGCGGCGUUUGGAGAAUCAAGGGAAUAAUUCAGGUGUCAAGAUCAAUUGGAGAUUUCUACUUGAAGAGACCCGAGUUUAAUCAAUGGGGGCCAGCAAUUCCAUUAAGAAGGCCUUUAAUGACAGCGGAACCCUCUAUAGUAAUUCGAGAAUUAAAGAAAAAUGACUUAUUCUUAAUAUUCGCCUCAGAUGGUCUCUGGGAGCAUUUGACUGAUGAAACAGCCGUUGAAAUUGUCUCAAAAUAUCCACAAGCUGGGAUAGCCAAGCGACUGGUGAGAGCUGCCCUUCAGGAGGCCGCGAGGAAAAGAGAGAUUCGAUUUGAUGACAUAAAGAAAAUUAAGAAGGGCAUAAGACGGCAUUUCCAUGACGAUAUAUCGGUGGUCGUGGUUUUCUUCGACCACUCGCAUGAUUCUCGUAAUUCUAGAGUCGUGCGUCGAGACAACUAUGACAGCACAACCGUGCCUGUCGAUAUUUUUUCACAUAAUGCAGAUGAAGCUGAUUGCUGAUGUAUAAAUCAGAUAAAUCUGAUGUACAGUAUCGAUAACGAGAGUGUCCAAGACGAUACAUCUCAUACACAAUCGCUAUAGAUUAGACAGUUGUACAUAAGUUCUGACGUGGAGAAUCCGCUAGUCGUAGGUAGUAGAUGCUUGUGACUUUUGAGGGAUGUUCUGUUGUGAGGUUUGUUAUAAAGCUACACAUACAGGGCAAUGAAAAUCUCAUCAGAGAUGGACCAAAUGAGAUGCUACUCGACCAUUUUUGCUUUCAA